GUCCCAAUCAUCCUUUCUAGGUUCCUGAGAUUGCCAAACGUCCUUCAUAUCCAGCAUAUAGAAGAGCACUAUGAGGCCUGAGAACCAGAGCAACAUGCCUGAGUUCCUCCUCCUGGAGAUCCCCAUCCCACCAGAGCAGCAGGGCUUGUUCUUCAACUUAUUCCUAGGGAUGUACCUGACCACAAUGCUGGGGAACCUGCUCAUUAUCCUGCUCAUCAGGCUGGACUAUCGCCUCCACACUCCCAUGUACUUCUUCCUCAGCCACUUGGCCUUCUCUGACAUUUCUCUUUCAUCUGUCAUGGUUCCAAAGAUGCUCAUGAACAUGCAGACUCAGCAACAAUCCAUCCCCUAUGUGGGAUGCAUUUGUCAGUUGUAUUUUUUCAUAGAUUUUGGUUGUCUUGACAAUUUCCUUCUUGCAGUGAUGGCAUAUGACAGGUAUGUGGCCAUCUGUCAGCCACUCCACUACACAACUGUUAUGAGGCAGGAUCUGUGUUUCUCAUUAGUAGCUGGGUCCUGGUUCUUCAGCUGUGCACAUGCACUUUUGCACACUCUCCUCUUGGUCCCAGCAUCUUUCUGUGCUGACAAUACCAUCCUCCACUUCUUCUGUGAACUAACUGUGCUCUUGAAGAUGAGCUGCUCAGACAUAUCCCUCAAUGAGCUGCUCAUCUUUACUGAGGGAGCAAUGGUUGUCGUCUUGCCUUUGAUUAGUAUCUUGGGCUCAUAUAUCCAUAUAGGGACCACCAUCUUGAGGGUCCCCUCCAUGAAGAGACUAUUUAAAGCCUUUUCUACCUGUGGCUGCCUUCUCUUUGUGGUAUCUUUAUACUAUGGGACACUUGUAGGUGUUUACUUUUUCUCCUCAUCAUGGGGCUCCAAUGGCAAAAACAUUAUUGCUUCAGUCAUGUAUACAGUAGUUACCCCUAUGCUGAACCCCUUCAUCUAUAGCUUGAGGAACAGAGAUAUAAAACAGGCCCUAGAAAUAUUUGUCAAUAGGGCUAACUUCUUUAAGCAACAAUUGCUAAUUCUUAUUAUUGCAGCCAUGAGCCCAGUAAGAUGUAUCUGCUAA